ACUCGUGACAAUUGUACACACAUAAUGUGGAAGUUUCUCAUUACGCUCACGAGCUGCUUCUGUAUGAAGCGCUCUAACAAGGUGUCCCCUGUAGUGGAGGGAGAUGUGGAGAAGGAACCAGCACCAGAAGAGGAGGAAAUGAACCGCGGGACCACCGAAUGUCCAGUGGUGACCGCACAGCCUCCAAUGUCGCAGCCAAGGUCAAGCAAGUCGUCGGCCGACGUCCUUGCAGAGCUUCGACAAGACGGCCUGUUGCCCCUCAACACCCGGGGCGAGUCCGUCGCUUUCCAGGUGCUAGUCAAGCCCGCCUCCGAGCCCGACGCGCCCCCUCGCCGCCCAGUUAAGCUUGCGAAACUGGAGGAAACUCUCCAGGAGAGGCGCGAACGGGUCAAGAAGGAGUCCGCGGGAUCACGCACUAAACUGAGACAGCAACUCAGUGACGCCGCCAACAGACGUGACGAGAUGUUACAGAAUAGAUCACGAAAACUUGCAGAGAGCUCUAGGAGAGCAAAGGCCAAAGCAAGGGCAGCCAAGAAGGAGGGCAAGAGCACUGCCUUUGUUAUUUCCUCUGUCAGCGACACGGACGCCAUCGUUCCCCGGGACUCGGAGAAGGCGCAGGCUUUGGAGAAACGUCUUAGCAAGAGGAGAAAACGCGUCGCGAAAAGGAUCACAGCGGAAGACAUGAAGAAACAGCAGGAGUAAGCAGCUGAACGCAGGAGGGAGAACAGGAAAGAGACAGCAUGGAAGGCCAAAAUGUCGGGGAUGAGCAGCUGGGAUAAGGCUCUCGACUUUUAAUCAUUUUUAGAGAGUGGGAGAUCUAGAGGCGUGAUCUGGACGAGCAGUUGGAGACUGGAGAGUUUAUGCUCUGUUUUUUUUUUAAUUC